CCGCCACGCCUGGCCCAAGCCGCCCACCGCUGCAAAGGCAAGCGCAGCCUCAAGGCCCUCCCCCAGCCGUACCCCAGCCGCCGACCCAGCAGGGCUCCGAGGCGGGCGGCAUCCCUGGAAAUGGGCCCCAACAGCCCCCCGACUCCCUCUCGCUCGCCCAGCUCCGGCGCAUCGUCGCCGAGUUCCCGCGCUCGGAGCCGAUCGCGUACGACUACGUCUACAGCGACAUGGCGCCGAUAGAGGAGGAGAUCGACGAGUGGUUCGUCUCCAACUUCUGGCAGUGGGUGCGGCUGAACACGGCCCAGCGGAACUUCUACGCCGAGUGGGCCGACGCCUUUGAGGACGAGAGGCCGUGGAAGGACGCGAGCGAGGAAGACCGGCGCACGUUCGUCACGGGGCUACUGGAGGGCGUCCGGUCGUCCGACACGGCUGCCCGGUCGUCUGCCAUCGGCGGGCUGACAUAUCUGGUGCUCGGGAGGUGGACAGAGAGCAUCGACGAGCCAAGCCUGCCUAGCUUGGAUGAUGGAAAGAUCAAGUCUGCGGCCAAUCCGUCGCAGCUGGCGGCUAUGAAGGCCGGUGUGGAGCUUCUUGCUGACUGUGGUGGGAUAUCUGUUAUUUGGGAUGCGACGAGGAGGGCCUUUGAGCCAUUCUGGACCGACGAUACGCAGCAGUUGCAGGCUGGGGGUCUUCAGAACCCGCAAGAUGAACUCCUGAACGUAAUGACGAUCAUGUACAUGGUCAUCCAGGAGGUAUUAUCAGACCCUUACCGGCUGCCGUCGGUUCAGUCACAGCUUUUCGCGCUUGAACCUGGUUUGCUCCCUUUCAUGGUUGAUGCGACGGCCAAGCUGAGAUGGGAUGAAGCAAACGUCCUCCCACACACCCAGGUGUUUCUUCUGUUUUGGAAGUCCAUUUUACUCGUCUUCGGCGGCAGCAAGGAGAUUGCCGAGGCAAAGAAGGCAACGGCCGAGACUGACAACGACGACAAGGAAAAGGACGUCAUUACCGCGUCCCCUCUAGAUUACCAUGUUUUCCGGCAGGAGAUAACAUCUAAAUACCCGGCAUACAUCCCACCACAGCCCGUGAUACCACUGGAAGCGGAGCACACGUCCCUGCUUCCCCAGCUGCCCAACCAUCCGACACGAAACAAUGGAGCCAACGGCAUCAUGCCCGCUCCUGCGAACCUCCAGAGCGGCGGGGCAUCCAUUCUACACCAGCCCGUCCACAUCGCAACCCCCGCGCCCUCGCCGCCACCGUCCCCGGCCGUCGGUGGUAAGGGAGGCAAGAAGCAGAACUAUCAGACGAACCAGAACUUCCCUUUUAUGUAUCCGCCGCUGGACGCCUCGAGCAACAGCACCGGCGGCAAGGGCGGUGCCGCGCUGCAGGACUUGCUGGUGGGCCGGAAAUGGGAAGGCAGCGAUGUCCCCGCCUCCAUCUUGGAAGCCGGGGAGCUCUUCUCAAGGAGGGUGAGGAUGAGUCGGGCGUCGAGGCAGCUGUGGGAGGAGCGGGAGAAGUUCCUGAAGUUCGACCGCGGCUGGGAGGCCCCCGACGACGAUAUCAUCGACGAGCUCGACCUGUCGUCGCUGACCCUCGAGGAAAAAGAGGAGUUGGGUUUGUCGAGGCCGGAGCCGGCGGAUAAUAAUCGUGCCGAAGACUCGGAUUCCAAGGUCGAUAUUGGCCCCAGGUCAGACAUUGACCCACGCAUUAGAGACCGGCUCGAGGCUGUGGAAGCGUUUUACAGCAAUGCCCUCCCCCAUCUUCAAUCCCUGGUCAUUGUGCUUUUCAGAGCCGUUGUAACCGUCGCUGCGAACCUGUUGGUUCAGCCCGCAAAUGGACAGCAGCAGCAGCAGCAUCCGGGCGCCGCGGGACAGAACAAUGCACGAGUUAACGGCGCCGGCAGGGCCCAAGAAGCACCAAGUGGCGCUAAUGGUGCCCCAAAGAACGAGCCGGUUUCGCCGUCUGACGAGGAGAUUGACGCAGUGAGGAGUAAAGAAAUCUCCGCCAAGGCCGUGACGGGGAUUAUGGUGCUGAUGUUGAAGUGGUUCAAGCUGUCACAUGUUCUGAAAUUCGAAUACCUAACUCAGCUAUUGCUGGAUUCUAAUUACAUCCCGCUAGUCUUGAAGAUCUUCGCCGUACACGACAUUCAGCUUCUCGUGGAGAGCAAGACGGAUCGAAUAGAACACAGCUUCUUCUACUUCUGCAACAUCCGAGCCGGCGGCACACCGAACCCGGCCACAGCCACGACCUUUGAAGAGGAUGAGGAGAGUGAGGACGACGCCGCGCCGCCGCCCAUCAAGCGCCGCCGCUCUCCGGACCGCCCGGCAGAGGAGGAAGGUGAACCUGGUAGCAGCAGCGGCAGCGGUAUCGCCGGUAUCGCCGGCGACAAGCCCGACGGCGAGCCGUCCCAGUCAGGGCGGCCAGAGGUCGACGAGCUCGGGUACCCAGUCAACCCGCUGCCGCAGGAGCCCAUCACCGAUUUCUCGCGGCGCAACUUCUUCGCGCUCAUCAACCACCUGCGGGUGGUGCAGAAGAUCUGCAAGAACAAGGCGCACCGCAACCUGCUGCUGGUGAACUACAAGUCGUCCAACAUCCUGCGCAAGUCUCUCAAGGUGCCGCAGCCGGAGCUGCGGCUGUACACGCUCAAGCUGUUCAAGAACCAGGUCCCCUACUGCGGGCGCAAGUGGCGGCAGUCCAACAUGCGCGUCAUCACGGCCGUGUACCUGCACUGCCGGCCGGAGCUGCGCGACGAGUGGCUCGCCGGCAGCGACGUGGACGCCGAGGUCGAGGAGGCGCUGCCGCUCGAGCAGGCCCUCCGCAGCCUGACGCACUGGUUCAACCUCCGCCGCUACACGGACAAGAUGGCGCCCGAGGCAAGGGCCGCGCUCAGGGAGGAGCAGGACUUCUUCAUCCGCGAGCUCGAGAAGGCGGACCUCACUUGGUCCGACGUGGGUGACCCGGAGGGCGCGUCCGGGAGCGAGUGGGAGGACGGGAGUGGCUGGGGCUGAAUGACAAUUAUGGGGGAACGGGGAAAUUGAUUGCUUGCUUGUUGUGGUAUCGGUAGUGUUGGUGUUGGUAUUGGACUGACUGCGUAUUAGCACCCCAGGCUUGUGGCAAAUCGCAAAGAGGGGAUUUUCUCAUCGCGUGCAUAGUAGGUAUUAUUACAGAGAUGAUGAUACAUCGAGAGGCACAUCCAACAGCUUGCGCCUUCCAUCUAAAUUAACAGUACAGAGU